GAAGAAGAGUUUAUGGAAUCAGUUAAAACCCUAUAACAAGAAAGAAGAAAAAGAAGAGGAGCUUAUGAUGGCUGAUGGUGAAGUUGUUGAAGAUUUUUAUGGAGUUUACUUGUUGUACUGCAUAAAUCCACAGUACAAAGGACGCACAUAUAUUGGCUUUACAGUUGACCCCAAUCGUCGUAUCAAGCAGCACAACCGAGGUGUUAGGGCAGGAGGUGCAUAUAAAACCAGUAACAGAGGGCCAUGGGAAAUGGUUCUUAUUGUUCAUGGAUUUCCAAAUGACAUAUCUGCCCUCAGAUUUGAAUGGGCCUGGCAGCAUCCAGAAAGAAGUCGUCGGUUAAGAGGUAUGGGCCGUAAAAAAGCAAAAGAAACAAAGUAUGAAUAUUGUCUGCGGAUUCUGGCAACUAUGUUACAAAAACCUUGGUCUCGUCUUCCUCUUACACUUAGAUGGCUGAAACAACAGUACUUCAAAGAAUUUCCUGCAGGGAUGGAGGCCCCUAAUCACAUGCCAAUUGCUUAUGGUCCAGUAAAACCUGCAAAGGUUAGAAAGAAUGAAGAGGAGCAAGAAAUUGAAGUUGUGGAGGUGACAUGCUUGCUAACCACCAGGGACUUUGCUUCUCUAGAAGGGCCAUGUCCAAGCUGUGGGUCUAUAUUGCUAUGGGGUGACCUUGUAAGGCUAAAGCGUGGAUGCUAUCAGCAGGAAGAGGAGGAAGUGGAAGAUCAUUGGGUUGAGACUUUAAGUCAGGCCAUAUAAAUGAAAUCACUAUGCUGUAUAUUUGAGCAGUGCAUUUUAGCAGUUUCCUAUGCUGUUUUGAUAUUAAUGGUACUAUGUCAUGUAUGGAGAGUCACCAGGUGUAGAAGUUUUAUAGUGCCUGGAUGCAGGAAUUGGAUUUUUUUCAGUGAGCAGUGCUAAUAGAUUUUAUACAUGAUUUUUAAAUUCAUAAUAAUAUAUUUGUA